GAGAGAAACUGUCAAAGGGUUUGGCGGGAACGAUGAUGAUGAUGAUUACCGGCUACCUUCAACCACCGUCACUAUCGUCAUCAUCGUCUUCACCAGCCUAUCGUCAAUCAUACAAUCCUCCCUCUGAAGAAAUGGAUAUGCACUGUGCUCACCUUCCACCAUUACAAAACCUUCGCCAUUCUUCCUUUUCUUCUCAAUGGAGGUCGAUUCGAGAUCUAGGCGACGCCUUUCUUUCUUCCGAUUCGCGGUAUCGUUAUGCUUUCUUGUGGUUUCGUGGCGUCCUUCAAUAAUUUUGGCGGCGACUGAGGAAUUAGAUGUGGAUGUAACCGCUGUUGCAGGACGUUGCAAUGUAGAUCUAUCGUCGUUUCUGCCUCUUCCUUAUGGCGGUGUUAAGGAUAUGGAGUGUAAACCGGUUUGGAAUACGUUCGUUCUCCAGUAUUCUCAGAGCAAAGAUCAUGUCUUAACAGUUGUAUUAUCAGCUGUGUAUACAAUGGGAUGGGUAGGAAUGGGAUUCUCAAGCAAUGGAAAAAUGCUUAAUUCAAGUGCUAUGGUAGGAUGGAUUAACAAAGAAGGAAUAGCUCAUAUUAAGCAAUAUCACUUAAAGGGUUUUCGACAAAGAGAGGUUAUACCAGACAAGGGUAACCUUCCAUUAUCAGACAACGUUCCUACAGUUGUUGCCCUUCGCGGAGCCACAUUGUAUAUGGGAUUUCAGUUGAAGUUUAAUUCUACUUUGUCUCGUCAGUAUAUACUAUUGGCGUUUGGUAGUCGAUACCCCACUGCCAAACACAAGCAUCUGUAUCAUCACGAUGAUAAAACCGCCAUCAUCUUUGACUUCGCUUCAGGUUCAGUUUCGGUUGCACGGGAUAGUGCGGGCGAGACACGAAAGACACAUGGAUCAUUGGGUAUAAUAGGAUGGGGUUUGAUACUUCCUUGGGGAGCAAUAGCUGCGAGAUAUUUUAGACAUCAUGAUCCUCUUUGGUAUUAUCUUCAUAUUGGGAUUCAGUUUACAGGUUUUAUUAUAGGCCUUGCUGCUGCUGUAGUUGGACUAUCACUUUACAACAGAAUGCAUGCAAGUUUUCCGGCUCAUAGAGGAAUUGGUAUCUUCGUCCUUGUCCUAAGUAUUCUUCAGAUAUUGGCGUUUUUCUUACGACCCGAAAAGGAGAGUAAGAAAAGAAAAUACUGGAAUUGGUAUCAUCAUUGGUUUGGAAGAAUAGCAAUUCUACUUGCAAACAUAAACAUAAUAUUGGGUAUAAACAUUGCAAAUGCAGGAAAUGGAUGGAAAGGUGGCUAUGGUUUUCUACUUUCCACACUUCUUAUAGCCACCAUUGUUUUGGAAGUUUUCUUGAGAAUUAAAAGGAGGGAUCAGAAUCAGAAGAACAAUUCAGAUUUCCAAAUCAAUUCUUCUAAACCAAUUCCUCCUGAUCAUUUUACUUUCUAAAAGUAAAUAAUGUAAAUGAUUACGAUUUCAUUUUGUGCUUUCGGUUUUUGGUGGUGAAUAAUAAUUAGAAUUUUGUAAGAGAGGUAGAUAGUUCAAGUGCUGAAAAAUUCAAAAACAGGGGUAAUGUCUAAUGGAAACAAAAAAAAAAUAAGUAAAAAAGAGGAACAAAAUAUGUCAAAACCUUGGAAGCUUCAAAAUCCAUCAACUUAGAUAAAAUAUCGUCUGUUUCUCCAGUCUGCAAUUUGAGAAUAUAUAAUAUUUGAAUCAAGAAGAAGAAAGGAAUAUAUCUUGUAUGAUUUUGUUUGUUUAA